CUGGAUUUUGGAUGGAAAAGAGUUUCUAAUGUUUCCAAAGCAGCAUCGCUGGAUGAGCUGAUGACUAACCUCAUUGAUGGGAAUCUGCUUCCCUCUGCUUUGGUGUGGAUAACUUCUCGGCCGGCUGCGAUAGACAAGAUUCCUCCAGGUCUGAUCCAUCGUAUGACAGAAGUACGAGGAUUCACAGACUUGCAGAAGGAGGAGUACUUCAAGAAGAGGAUCAGCGACCAGAGCUUGGCCAGUAGGAUCAUUUCACAUGUGAGGAACUCAAGGACCCUUGAGAUCAUGUGCCAUAUACCGGUCUUCUGCUGGAUCACAGCUACAGUCCUGGAACAAAUGCUGAAGGGAGGCCAUGAAAAAAUCCCAUCAUCUCUUACUGAGCUGUACACGCGAUUCUUACUCACUCAAACAAGUGAAAAAAAGAAGAAAUAUCUUGGGAAAAGAGAAAGUGAUCCUCGGAAGCUCUCCGAGGGAGAUGUUCAGCUUAUUCUUAAACUUGGAAAACUGGCCUUCGACAAUCUGCAAAAAAGCAACAUCGUGUUUUCAGAAGAUGAUUUGAAACUGUAUGACAUUGAUGUCACUGAAGCCUCGCUGAGGUCAGGGUUGUUCACUGAGAUUGUCAAGGAGGAGGAUCCGAUGUUUUCGGUGAAGAAGUACAGCUUUGUGCACUUGAGCUUUCAAGAGUAUCUUGCAGCUUUCUUUGUCAUCCACACAUACGCUGACACAGGAGUGAACGCAAUGCAAUCCAGCCUAAACACACGUGCCACAGCAUUCCAUGAUGAGGACUAUUAUGAUGACUUUGAUGACUCCAGCGUUGACCAAAACUUCAGCGGAAGCGAUCAUGAAGAUUUUGACCUUCCAGCAAGGGUUCCUCAGCAAGAAAUUAUUUUGUAUGACUUACAGAAAUGCGCCAUUGAUGAAGCUUUGAAGAGUAAAAGUGGGCAUUUAGAUCUGUUCCUUCGUUUCCUCCUUGGCCUCUCGCUGGAGUCAAACCAGAAGCUGCUCAACUCAUUUUCAGUGUGUGUAGAAAGUGGGCAGAACAUUCGUCAGACUGUCCAGUACCUCAGGAGCAAGCUCAGAGAAGAGGAUGACAGAAAGACUCCCUCCUCAGAACGAUGCAUUAACCUCCUUCACUGUCUCCUGGAGCUCAAUGAUCACUCAAUGGCAGAGGAGAUCCGAAGGUUCUUGACCUCAGACAGACAAGCUGAGCACAAACUGACAGCUGGACAGUGCUCCACCCUGGCCUACAUCAUUCUGAUGUCAGGGGAUGUUCUGGAAACGCUGGACCUGAAGAAAUACAAUACAUCUGAAGGGAGUCGUAAAAGGUUGGUCCCAGCUGUGAGGAACUGCAGAAAGGCUUUAAUGGCUGAUUGCAGGCUGUCAAAUAAAUGCUGUGAGACUGUGGCCUCUGCACUUCAGAAUCCCAAAGCACACUUAAGAGAACUGGACCUCAGCCAGAAUUUUUUGGGCGACAGUGGUCUGGCAUCACUCUGUGCAGGACUGAAUAGUCCACAUUGCAGACUGGAGACUCUGAACCUCAGUCACAUCAACUUGGAGAAAAAAGGAGCAGAGCUUUUGAGAGCUGUUCUUAUGGGGCCCCACAUUCAGCCACACACACUUAACGUUUUUGCAUGCGGUUUGAAAGAUGACAGCGCUAAAAUUUUGGGUUCAGCCCUUUGGUCAUCAGAAUGUCGACUGAGAGAGUUGGACCUCAGCUACAAUAAACUGACCACCAAAGGAGUGAAAUCUGUCCUUCAGGGUCUCCUGAGCCCUUACUGUGACAUAGAGAUAAUAAGACUAUCAGGUAAUAUGAUUGAUGAAGAUUGCUGCACUGAUUUGGCCUCAGUUCUCAAACAUUCAUUCUUGAGAGAACUGACUCUGGACAGAAGCAGUAUUAGAGAUGUGGGAGCAAAACGUCUUUGCAGUGGACUGAUGAGUCCACACUGUCAACUACAGAUUCUGGGGCUGAGAGACUGUAAACUCUCAAAGAAAGCAUGCUUCUAUCUUACUGUGGCGUUAAGCUCUUACUCUGUGUUGAGAAAGCUGAACCUGGGAGACAAUGAUCUGCAGGAUUCAGGAGUAAAACUUCUCUCUACUGGACUGAAACAUCCAAACUGCAUACUCCAGAACCUGGGAUUAUCUGGUUGCAUGAUCACAGUGGGGGGAUGUUCGUCUCUGGCUUUAGCUCUGAAAUCAAACCCCUUUCAGCUGAGAGAGCUCGAUCUGAGCUAUAAUCACCCUGGAGAAUUAGGAGAGAAGCUGCUCUCUUCUAGACUGGAGGAUAGACACUGCAAACUGGAGACAUUAAGAUUGGAUCAUGCAGGACAUUCACGAAUUACAGCUGGUCUUUGGAAAUACUACCAAGACCUUAACAUGGGUAAUGAAGAAGAAAAUCUGACGUGUUCUCCAAACAGAAAAGGGGUUGUUUGGUUGCCAGUGCCAGAGGUUCCUUUCUAUGACUACUAUGACAGUGAUGGUGAGGAGAACAAAGAGCCAGUCAAAUGGGCAAAGGUGCGCGCCAGGGAACAGCUAAUAGGGGGGCGUUUUUACUGGGAGCUGGAGUGGACUGGAAUGGUCUACGUGGGCGUAACCGACAGGGGAAAGCUUUAUGGCAAGCUUUUGGAACUAAUCCUUCAGCCGUACCCAAGCCCAUAUUUUGCCGUACACACAGACACGUGCCAAACCAAAUCUAUUUCUGCAAUCAGUGUGCCCAAGCCUGAGAGAAUUGGAAUACUUCUGGACUGGCCAGCAGGAACUCUGUCCUUUUACAGCGUCUCCUCUCAGGGUGUAGGUCAUCUGUACACUUUUCACACCAAGUUCAAAAAUCCCAUGUACCCAUUGUUUGGGCUCAAUCACCAAAUGUUCGGGAAUAGAGCACCAUCUGUGAUCAUUGCAACACCUGAUUCUCCUGAAUCUGUCUUCAAUACUAGAAUUCAGCUAAUUGAACAACACAUGAGGAUGUAUCCUUGGUGGUACAAUGGAUAUUAAGUGGAAUGAAGCUUUUGUGAACAACCCCAUUUCCAGAAAAGUUGGGAUGCUGUGCAGAACUUGAAUAAAAUAGAAUGCAAUGUUAAGCAAAUCACAAAGUUAAUCAAAUCAAGUAAACCAUAUAAGGAAAAUACUACAAAAACAACAUAUCAAAUGUUGGUCUCCUCAGUUCCCAAACACUUACACAGUGAUGUUAAAAGAAGAGUUGUUGCAACACAGUGG